CGAUUGUUAAGUCUUCGCCGUCAUCUUCUUCUUCGUUUGGUUUUCUAGGGUUUCUAAUCUUUUAUACCAGCCAACAGAGUAGGCGCACAAGGCCAGAGAACACCAAGACGCAAUGGCGAGAAUCAAGGUUCAUGAGCUGAGGGAGAAAUCAAAAGCUGAUCUUUCGACUCAGUUGAAGGAAUUUAAGGCUGAGCUUGCUCUUCUUCGCGUUGCUAAGGUCACUGGAGGUGCUCCCAACAAGCUCUCCAAGAUUAAGGUGGUCAGGAAGUCCAUUGCUCAGGUAUUGACAGUGAUCUCACAGAAACAAAAGUCUGCUUUGAGAGAGGCGUACAAGAACAAGAAGCUUUUGCCUCUUGAUCUUCGUCCCAAGAAGACUAGAGCUAUCAGGAGAAGACUCACCAAGCAUCAGGCAUCACUGAAGACUGAAAGAGAGAAGAAGAAAGAAAUGUACUUUCCAAUAAGAAAGUAUGCUAUCAAGGUGUAAGAUCGUUAUAUCCUAAUUACAUCAAUUUUUGUGUGUUUUGAAUUCUAGCUCUUGUGUGAGUUUUUGCUUAUUUUCGUUCCCUGUUAAAGAUUUUGAAAGCUCAUCUUAAUGAAAUAUUUGAUUUACAUAAGCAGUAUUAUUGUUA